UAGUUUAAAAGGGGGAGAUGAGGGUGGGAGUUCUUGUGCUCAGCAGAGCAUCAGCUUCAUAGCUUUAGUUUUCCUUUCUGUCCCUUGAUUCUCUCUCACUUUCUCGUGUCCCAAACGCGGGAAAGAAAAUAAACAAAGUUGUACUUGUAGAGUGAUAAGGGAAAGAAAGGAAAGAGAGAGAUAUGGGCAGAGCACCUUGUUGUUCUAAGGUUGGUUUGCAUAGAGGUUCAUGGACUGCCAGAGAAGACACAUUGCUGACCAAGUAUAUUCAGGCUCAUGGUGAAGGCCACUGGAGAUCUCUCCCCAAGAAAGCUGGUCUUUUGAGAUGUGGGAAGAGUUGCAGGCUGAGAUGGAUGAAUUAUCUAAGGCCGGAUAUCAAAAGAGGGAACAUCACGCCGGACGAGGACGACCUAAUUAUCAGACUGCAUUCACUUUUGGGAAAUCGGUGGUCUCUCAUCGCAGGUAGGCUUCCAGGUCGAACCGAUAAUGAGAUCAAGAACUACUGGAACACCCACCUGAGUAAGAAGCUAAGAAGUCAAGGAACAGACCCCAAUACCCACAAGAAAAUGACAGAGCCUCCUGAGCCCAAGAGGAGGAAGAGCACAAGAACAAGAACCAACAAUGGCGGAGGCAGCAAGAGGGUCAAGAUCAGCAAGGACGAAGAAAAUUCCAAUCACAAAGUCCAUCUCCCGAAACCGGUUAGAGUCACCUCCUUAAUCUCCAUGUCGAGGAACAACAGCUUUGAAUCUAAUACAGUCAGCGGGGGCUCGGGCUCGAGUUCAGGAGGAAAUGGAGAAACGCUUCCAUGGCCUAGUUUCAGAGACAUCCGGGACGACAAGGUUAUUGGGGUUGACUUCUUCAUCGGAGAUGAUCAAGGUCAAGACCUGGUCGCCAGCUCCGAUCCAGAAUCACAAUCCCACAUGCCACCAACUGACAACUCUCUGGAGAAACUGUAUGAAGAGUAUCUGCAACUGCUUGAGCGAGAAGACACUCAAGUUCAGCUUGACUCCUUCGCCGAAUCACUACUCAUUUAAUUCAAAUUUCAAAAGGAGUUGCAGAGAGACCAAAAGAUCAACUGGUUAUGCUUGCUUGCUUGCUUUGAAUCUUAGCUUCCAUGCACGUGCUCACCUUCUUCAAACCCUAGCUUGGUUAUGAACUUCAUUGAUCAAUUAAUUAAUUACUUAGCUUAUAUAUCUUAUUAGUUUAGUUUUUAAUCUUAUAAUAGCGAUACGUGCGGUGUGCGAUGUACAUUUGUGUUAAUAAUAUGGUUUGUAAGGUGGGUAUUAACAAACAAA